AUGUCUUCUCAAGGGACCCCGAGAAAAUUUAGCGAGAAAAUCGCGAUUAUGGAAAGAAAACAGAAUGAGGAUCAGGAAGCUUUUACUUCAAUAAUGCGUGAUGUACGGUCCAUUACUAGUAAUUCACAUCGCGUUCAACCUGUGCCUACUGCAAGUCUUGCUCCGCCAAUUCUGUACAAUCGUAAUAGUACUUCCUUACCUAAUGUAAGUGAUACUACUUACUACUGGUCAUUGCCGCAACAGCAACAGUUGCUACAACAGCAGCAGUUGCAACAGCAGCCACAGCCACAGUCUGCAGCAAGUCCACCACAUCCUUGUAGAAGUCGUUCUCCGGGUGCUGCGCACUAUCAUCCAUAUAAACAUGCUGGUGUUCCCGAGCGUAGUCCACCUGCAGACUACAACAGGAUGGAAUGUUCUAACCACCAUUUGCAGCCUCCUGAAAUGUUGUGGCAAAAAGCGCGUAGUGAUCCGGCCAUUCACACGUUUGAUGAAAUUUCUGCUUCACAGAGUAUUAAUGAGCUUAUGCUAAAUCAGAUUGCAAUGCAAGCUCAAGUGCAGCAGAUGCAGCAGAUGCAACCGUUGCAGCAUGCACAAGCCCAACAGUUACAGUCACAGUUGCGCGUUCAACCACAGAUGCAAGCAAAUCCUUCGAGUAGCCCGAUUUAUAUACCACCACCACAAAGAAGGCCAGAAGAAGUAUUAGUAGGCUCAUUACCUAAUAUGAUACCGGGACCUACACCACCUUCUUACAAUUGCCACCAACCCGUUAGCCAGCGUCACAGUAUGGGUAUAUGUCAGACGCUAGCUGCCCCACCAGUAAUGAAUGAAUCUAUGUCUGCGCCAACUAGUCCACAACAAAGUUAUGAAGUUCAAGCCCCACCAAGUUAUUCACUUCGCAACUACUCGACAAGCCCUGAACCUAUGGCACCAAUUCCUAAUAUUGUUCUAACGGGUACUGAUGGAAGUUAUGAUGGCUUUCGAGAUGUUCGAGAGAUUAAUGAAGUUCCUUCGCGUGAUUUACAGCAAGAAUAUUUAGUUCAGCAGCUGCAGCCAUCAGCCGUCCAGCGCCAAAGUCUAGGUGCUGGUGAUAAUGGGGAAUUGCGGAAUUUACGUAGGGAAUUACAAAACUGUGACAUAAAUCAGUGUAAUACAAAUCGUAUCGAUCCGCAAUGUGAGCGAACGAUAUUUUAA